UCCUCAAUCCCCAGGACCCGUCACAAGGCAAAGGGUGGUUCCCCCGACCCACCAGGGGCUCCAGGACCAGGAAGGACGGUGCAUCAGCACAGGCUGUGUAAGCCCCUGAAGCAACGUCCUGGGGAGUUUCCCCCUAAGAGCUGUGUUUGUUACAGCAGCAAAGAUUGGUUCCCCCGACCCACCAGUCACUCCAGGACCAGGAAGGACGGUGCAUCAGCACAGCCUGCAUAAGUUUUAGUUUUGCCCUGCACAACAUCCCCUGGCAACCAGUUCCAGAGGUUAACUGUGCAGUGAGUGACAAGGAUAAUGGAACAAGAAACAGUUGUGUUCGGUAAGGCAUUUACAAAACCCAGAAACACACUUCCUGGUCUGUCUGAUCAGGAAAAUGAAAAAAUCAAGACUGCCAUUGAAGCAGGAAACCUCUCAGCAGCAGCGAAAGUAGUGCAGAAAUCAGACGAGGUGUUAAAUAAAAUUGAGCUCAACAUUGCGAUCACAGGGGAGUCAGGAGCCAGGAAAUCAUCCUUCAUCAAUGCCCUCCGGGGCCUGGGAGAUGAGGAUGAAGGAUCCGCUGAGACUGGGCCAAUACAGACAACCAAAGAACCAAAGGGGUACAGGCAUAUUAAGGACAAGAAUAUCAUCUUCUGGGACCUGCCAGGGAUCGGAACCCCGGAAUUUCAGUCAAACAAUUACCUGGAUAAGGUGAAAUUCAAUUGCUAUGAUUUCUUCAUCAUCAUCAGUUCAGACCGGUUCAAAGAAAAUGAUACCAUCCUGGCCCAGGAAAUCCAGAGGAUGGGGAAGAACUUUUACUUUGUGCGCUCCAAGGUGGACAUGGCCCUCAGCAGUGAGACACACAAAAAGAGCUUCAAUGAGGAGAGAACUCUGGAGAAAAUCAGAUAUGACUGCGUCCGCAACCUGUCCAGAGAAGGGAUGAGAUCCCCACAAGUUUUCCUUGUGUCAAAUCACAACGUUCAGAAAUACGAUUUUGAGAAACUGAAGAUAACAUUGCUAAAGGAACUCAAAGGUCACAAGAAACACAUUUUCCUCCUGGCCCUGCCCAAUCUUUCCCAACCAAUCUUGGAAAAGAAGAAAAAGGCUUUGCAGAGGCAGAUCUGGAAACAAGCCCUGAAGUCGUGCGCCAUUGCUGCUGUUCCUCUCCCGGCUCUCUCAGUGAACUACGACAUUGGCAUCCUAGUGGAUAACAUGAGACAGUAUUGUGAGAGCUUUGGGCUGGAUGACACUUCCCUCUGUAUACUAGCUAGGCAGGUUCGGAAGCCUGUCGCUGAGCUGAAGGACAUGAUCAAGUCCCCAUUGGCCAAAGAUAUCUCAAAAGAAAUGGCUGAGGGCCUGCUAACUGAGGCUACAGGGGAGGGUCUAAUGGUAGUUAAACAUUUUAUCAGCAUGAUACCGGUGGUUGGGACCACGUUAGCUGCAGAGAGGUCUUUCACAGUGACAUACAGAAUGCUGAACAGCUUUUUGAAAGGUGUUGCUGAAGAUGCCCAAAGAGUCCUUAUCAAGGCAUUGGACAGAGAAGAGAAAACAAAUGAAUGAAUAACAACAACAAGGGACCAAUAAGUUGGAUACACAUCUCUGGAAGAUGGAGGUUGAAGCCAACGGCAGAUUCUUCUGUUCUCAAAUCUAAUGCAACAAAGAAACAAAAAUAUUGGAAAAGAUCUCCAGAGUUUGGUCUUUAAAAAACAAAGCUGUAUUUCCAGUGCUGGGGAACAGGGAAAACUGAGGUACAGUUCCCUGGCCCCAUCAUUUUUUUUUUACCAGCCAGGCCCCAGAUGGGAAAGUUAAGGGACAGCGUCAGGGCAAAUACCAGUUCAGAAAGUCCUGAUCUAUGUUAAUUAAAAACAUCCGACAAGAUUUUAAAAUAUACUUGAACUUUCUCUGUGUAAAUCAGUGGAGAUUCCUGAGUCCCAUGGAGCGACUGACACCAGCUGAGGAUGUGGCCUAUUGCAUGCGGUGCAAACCGGUGCAGAGUCUGACCAUGAGAAGCCAGCAGAGCUGUAAUCACAGUGCAAACAUGUGAUCAGAAAAUAGUGCAUUUGGAACCAGCAACAUCCAGGUUUUGUUCUUUCCCCAAGUCUUUUUCCCUUUGCCAUUCAGUGCUGGGUCAGACCAGUUCCACCCUGACCAUGUGAACACAAUUCAUUAAAAGGACAUGAUUAACAAUAGAUUUCUGAGCAGUAAGACACCGACCUGAGACUUGUAACCUGCUCAGCUGCCAUGAACUCAGCUCUCAACUCAAUGCUGCUCUUAGGCGGGUCCCUGAGCGCAAGGGAAACAGACACGGUUAGAAACGCCUGAGCACAGAUCUUCAGCUAGUGUAAAUGGACUUAACUCCAUUGAUUCAAUCCCAUUGAUCUGCUCUGGGGAUCUUGUCUUCCGGGCACAUCCAUUUAACUAGUCCCUUACCAGAGUUUAGCUAGCGGCUAUUAGUAACCCUGUAACUAAAUUGUACCCUGAGCAGGGUUUGGAAACAUCUGGCUGAUGAAUCUCACUUCAGUGAUUUAAUAUUAAAUCACUGAUAUGAGAUUCUUCUUAUAUCCCUGAGCUGCCGUUUGAGCUGCUGCUGAUUUCCUAGUGUGAUGGGGCAAGGCCAGAUGGCUAUAGGAAAGUAGUGGGAGACAGAUAUAUUAGCCCAAGGCUAAAAAAAAUCCCUGUUACUAGGUUAAGCAAAUGGAAGUUGCUCCAGGUCAAUUAAGACACCUGGGGCCAAUUAAGAUCCUUCCAGAAAGCAGGGAAGACAGCUAGGUUGAUUGGGACACCUGAAGCCAAUGAGGGGCUGGCUGAAACUAGUUAAAAGCCUCCCAGUUAGUCAGGUGGGCGCGCGUGUCAGGAGCUGUAGGAGGAAGCCACUCUGCUGGAGAAACGGAGCAGUACAAACCGUAUCAGGCACAAGGAAGGAGGCCCCGAGGCAAGGGUGACGUAGAUAUUGAGGAAGUGGGGGCUGCUGUGGGGAAGUGGCCCAGGGAAUCAUACUCGUCCUGUUUCCAAAAAGUCAGCUACCAAGAACUGCUACUAUCAGGGUCCCUGGGCUGGAGCCCAGAAUAGAGGGUGGGCCCGGGUUCCCCUCUCCCCUCCCCAACUAAUCACUGAGACUGGGAGACAACAGAGACUGUGUGAGGAAGGGUAGCUUAUCCUCACCUCACUUGCUGGCUUAUGAUGAAAAUGGCUCAGUAGGCUGUGAGCCUUGCCUCUAGAGAGAGAAGGACUACAUGGAGGGUCACAGUGAGCGUCUGAGGCUAGCAAAAUCCACGAGGAAGUGCGGGACCCACUGAGACAAGGUCGGAGCUUUUCACACUUGUUUGAUGCAGGGUUUAGAUUGGCUGGAGGCUGGAAAUCACGGACACCAUUCAGACUCACCUGGGAUUUGCAGAUGGUAAUCGCCUUGUGUCAGGCUCUGAUGAUGAUUAAUUCACAUGAUGCCACGCACCAGCCUAUUGUAACUGACUUGCUCUGUAUUCCAGUCAGUAAUUAAUGUGGUUGCAUCUCUUUGCUCUUUAUGUUCGCUGCUUGUGGUUUUAUUAUCACUGCGGAUCGUAGAGAAACACUUUUCAGAGUAGCAGCCGUGUUAGUCUGUAUCCGCAAAAGGAACAGGAGUACUUGUGGCACCUUAGAGACUAACAAAUUUAUUAGCGCAUAAGCUUUCGUGGACUACUUUC